UUUUUUUUUUUUAAGAAUAAAUACAUAUACACAUAUUGCUGAGUAGCUUGAUAUAAUGCAGGAGCCAGUUUUUGUUGAUAGCAGUAAUACUAGUCAAUCGAAUAACUCAAUUGACGACAGUAACUCGUUUAAACCUUCAUCAUUAGGUUCUAAUUAUUCAUCCAAUUCAAAUAACAGUGAUGAUCUGGUUAAAAAUUAUAAUAAAAUAAGAAGACAAGGUUCAAGAAGCUCCAUUAUACCCAUAACAGACGGUGAAGUAAAGUCUAAAUCAGAAGCAGACUCAAAUACAUGGCUACAACAUAAAAAGCAUUUUUUCAUCUUAAGCAGUGCUGGAAAACCAAUCUGGACAAGAUAUGGUGAUGAAUCCCAAUUAUCUUCGUUAAUGGGCGUCAUUCAAGCAAUUAUUUCUUUUUUUCAAGAUGGAGAUGACGCAAUAAAGUCGAUUAAUGCUGGACAUCAUAAGUUUGUAUUUCUUAUUAAGGAACCACUUUAUUUUGUAGCUGUUUCAAGAACAGGAGAAUCCGACAAUCAGAUUCGUGACCAAUUACUAUACUUACAUAAUCAAAUCUUAAGUGUUUUAACAAGUGUGCAGUUAACAAGGAUUUUUGAACAAAGAGUUAAUUUUGAUUUACGAAGAUUACUGGGAGGUACUGAAGUAUUUUUGGAUAGUUUAUCAACAUCAUUUAAUAAUGAUCAUAGCUUUAUGUUAAGUGGGUUACAGUGUUUACGUCUAAAUCGACCUAUUCGAGAUCAAAUAGGAUCUAUUUUGGCAGAAGGAAAAGUGAAGAAAAUAUUAUAUGCAAUGAUUGUAGCAAAUGGGAAAUUAGUAACAUUAUUACGACCUAGAAAACAUAGUUUGCAUCCUUCAGAUCUUCAUUUAUUGUUUAACAUGUUGACAGGAUCUACAACAUUUCAUACAGCUGAAUCAUGGACACCUCUUUGUUUGCCAAAAUUCAAUUCAAAAGGAUUUUUACAUGCUUAUAUAUGUUAUGUUGAAAAGAAUAUUUCAGUAGUUGUUGUUAGCACGGCCAAAGAUAACUUUUUCGAGAUAAGUGCAUGGAAAUCACAAAUUUAUGAAAGUAUGCAAAAAGAAGGAGUAUUAUUAACGACGAUUAAAGAGGCUUUAAAUGACACGUAUACAGUUGAAGAUAUACAGAUACCCUCUCUGCUUCAUUUUAUAUAUAAAUCAAAAAUCCAUAUUCAAUUCACAACUCCAGGAUUUAGUGGACCUUAUACGAAUGACAUUAAUAGAAGAAGAUUAUAUAGACUUUAUCAGCAUAUGUUUGAUAGAAUGCAUAAUAGAACAAGACCAUUAAAAUUAUAUUAUAUAAAUAGUGAAAAAGAAGUACUCUUAGGAUGGAUAACUUCAUCAUUUGAAUUAUAUGUCGUAUUCCCUUCAAAUACGCCUAAGCCAUUAAUAAUAUCAAGCUCGAAUCAAUUAUUGAAAUGGAUAAAAAAAAAUGAAGAUAAUUUAUUUAUUUUAAAUUCACCAGUCUUUUAAAACUUUUCAUCUCCUUCUUCUUUUUCUCUUAAAUUCAUGAUUUCCAGCUGUCCUUUUCCUUUUGAUUCAUUUUGU